CGUUCGCUUGACAGACCGGGUACAGAGAACAGCCGUUUUUACUCAGACGUUGUGGUAAGGCUGGUGGUUAGUCGUUGUCUGGUGGUCUCCGUCGGGUAUAGCUUAUGUUUUGGUAAUAUGUCUGCAAUUGUAUCUGAAUGUUAUUAUGGUGUUUUAUAAUACAGCUCUGUAUUUCGGUUAUGACGUAUGCAGACCGUGAUGCGGGCACGUAAACUCCAGACAUGUUGCGCAGCAUAAUUCGUAGCACUGUCAAAUUGACAUCUCAAAUCAGCAGGGAUGGCUACAGUGAAAAUCGUCGACAGUCAAUGCUGUUUAUUAGCUGGACAAUACAGAAUUGUUGAUGGGGUUGGGGCUAUAUGGUGUAUGGGUUGGGGUAGCCUACAAUAUAUCUUGAUUUUGGCCUUAGGCUACCAGUUCUGUUACAGUGCAGUGUCAAUAUUAUCAGCUCUCCUCAACAGUUGUUGUUAUAAUUUACAUCCCAUCAAACUCUUUUCAUCAUUGUGUUAGAUUAGAACCUGUCUGUCUUCCACCUGUUGGCUACAACUGAAUGCUGUGCACUGCACACCAUUGAAUACCAUUGUUACAACUCAAGUGUCAUACCAGAGUAACUACCAGUAGAAAACCUAUGCAUUAAUUACCCUUUAACUGAGUAGUACUACAUCUAUUUUACUUUUAAAAAACUAAAUUAACAUAGGUACUGUAUGUAGCUUACUGCAUUUACUUGACAGUAUAUUACACUGGUUAUUCUCUCAUUCCCCUGGAAUAAUGCCUACUCUGUGUCCAGUUGCCCUCCUCUCAAAUUCACUGGGUAUUGUCACACAUAAUGAUGACUUUAUCAAAUCUGUAAUGCUCUGUUUAUGUGUUACUUUUUGGAUGUCUGUUGUCUCAGCUGACUUCCAGGUUUAAGUGCAGGUGGGAUGUCACUGCCCUAUUGGUGGAAGAUGAAUGCCAGGUUUGUUAGUAGCAGAACAAUCUUCAAUGUCAGAGACCCAAGCAGAUACUGUAUGUAAGACAGAGAGUAUUAUGGGCACUGUUGACGACUUCGUCACGCUACAGCUAUUCCCAGUAUUCCCAUGUCCCUCCUGCUGCUGUCUGUAUCAAUCCCAGUCCAGAGAACUGGGAGAACUGGUGAGGCUGGAAAAGCGGGCAUGGUACUGUGCCGCUAUGGUACGCUACUGCGGUAAUCUCCUCCUCCUCUCAGGGCUUAGUGAGGAGGCUGACAGUAGCAGAUGGGUCCAGGGCACCAGGCUAAUAGGCUCACUGACUCUGUGGGACGGCCGGUUUGAAGGCCUGUAUACUACUAGUUGUCUUGUUCCACUGUUACCUGACCCCUUACCAUCAAUUAGACCUACAGUACAGUAGGGCAGGUCUUUGCUACAGCCCACCUUUGUUUCCAUCUAACCCUGAUAUGGCUGUAGCCUCCAUUUGUUAUGGUGUGUUGGAGUAAUGGGGGAUAAAGCCAUAUCAGAGCCAGUGUCCUCUCUGCCUCAUGGUUUUGGCCACAUUUGUCAGUUGACAUAUUCGUAGGAUAUCUCUUGCACAAAUGUAAAUCCAUGAGAUUAACUGUGAUUGCACUUGUUCUCCCCCAGACAUUGAGAUGGCAGCACGUCCAGACUUCCAACAUGAGGGGAGGACUGAGAAGAACCUGUCUCCCCUGUCUCGCCUCCCCUAUGAGCGGGUGACCCUGAUGGUGGACGGGACUCACUUUGUGGUGGACCCCGCCCUGUUCACCGCCCACCCUGACACCAUGCUGGGGAGGUAAGGUCCAGACUCUGUGUGUCAGAUUUAGACUAUUUUAUUAUAGUGUAACAGACUCUCACAAGACUGUGUUAGCCCACUGAGCUAAAUCAGCCAAAGCCUUAGCGCAAGUCUUCAGGUCUCAGACAAGUUUAGUCAUCACGCGAGCGUGGAUCACCACCAUGUCCAAUACAGUAGUACAGCCUAUUAUUAGACCAGGGAAAGAUAUACAAGAAACACUAACAAAGCCCUAAUCCCUCAGCAAACAUGUGGUUUGUUUCUAAUCUCAGAGAGUAAUGUUUACUCUGACCCAGUGGCCAUUUGGGUUAAUCUGGGCUAAUAAUCGGAGAUUGGUCAAAUAUUACACAGGAAUAUUCCUCUCAUUAACACCUUCUCUCGCAUACACAAUGGAGGCAUUGCUAUGAUUCUGACAAGUUACACUGUACUAAGAAAGGAAAUUAGACUUGAAUGGUAAAUGGACAGGGCUUUCAACAAGCACUAAACUCAGAAAUGCAUAUUGUGAGGACAUUUAAUAUAAUUAAAUGAAUAAAUAAAUAACACAUUUUAAUUCUCAGGAUGUUUGGUCCUGCCCGUCACUUCACGCGGCCAAACGCCAAGGGAGAGUAUGAGAUCGCUGAGGGAAUCGGAGCCAGCAUAUUCAAAGUCGUCCUGGUGAGUUUCUCUUAAGAUAGUUCACCUGAAUUAUGAAAUUACUUAUAUCUUCCCUUACCUAAACUAACCUACUGUGUUUCUCUCUCCCCCCUCUCCCUCUCUGUCCCUUGACUCUCUCUCCCUCUCUCUACCAUUUCCUUUAUUAUUUUCUCUCUCUCUCUCUCUCUCUCUCUCUCUCUCUCUCUCUCUCUCUCUCUCUCUCUCUCUCUCUCUCUCUCUCUCUCUCUCUCUCUCUCUCUCUCUCUCUCUCUCUCUCUCUCUCUCUCUCUCUCUCUCUCUCAGGACUUUUACAAAGUAGGUCUUCUGCAGUGUCCAGAGGGAGUGGCAGUGUCUGAGCUCAGGGAAGCAUGUGACUACCUCUGUAUUAACUUUGACUACAACACCGUCAGGUGCCGAGAUCUCAGUGAGUAGCAUGGUCACAUCGGGUCUGACCAAGGCCCUAUUCAAGACCGAAACGUUGAGUAAUGCUUUGCAAUGUUGCAUGCACAGUUUUCAGAACUAAGUUACACUAUUUUUCAAAACCUAUUCCUAAUUGCUUAGUCUUCUUAAUCUUUAAUGUUCCCUAUUGAAAUAUACAUUUUGCCAUGCACAAGAGACUAUAAGCUAUGAUAUCAAAUCAGAGGUCAUAGUUCAAAUGGUGUGACCAUUCAUUCCUGUCCCAGGUGCAUUGCUGCAUGAGCUGUCCAACGACGGUGCUAAGCGUCAGUUUGAUGUCUUCCUAGAGGAGCUAGUUGUCCCGGUGAUGGUGUCCAGUGCUCAGGAGGGGGAGAGGGAGUGUCACAUCGUAGUUCUCACAGAUGAUGACAUAGUGGAUUGGGACCAUGACAACCCUCCACCCAUGGGAGAGGAGUACUCACAGAGUAAGUGACCUAGUCCUUCACCUCUCUCAGGGUAAUUAUAAUGAAUCAUACAUUAUUCAUAAAAUAGAUAAUUUACAUUAUCUUUUGGACAGUGCUGUUUGUCUCAUUUUCUAUACUUUAUAUUUUGGGAAAUCUUGUACCCCAACCUUUUUUGGAAAAUAAUAAUGAAUCAUUUUGGAGUGAGCAUUUUGUUUGAUAUUAUUUCCUGUUCUCUCGCUCUUCAAUGUGCCCAGUUCUGUAUAGCACCAAGCUCUAUCGCUUCUUCAAGUACAUCGAGAACAGAGACGUGGCCAAAGCACUGUUGAAGGAGAGAGGACUGAAGAACAUUCGCAUUGGCAUUGAGGGUGAGUUGAUUACCAUGUCCCAAAUCAACCCCCUAACUCUCAGCCUCUUCUCCUAGCCUCUUCUGCUUCAGUGUUUUAAUAUCUGAAAGAAACAAAUAGGUAUAAGCAUUCAAUCCGUAUCGCGGAAGAUCCGUGCUAUAUAUGGGUUAGCUGACAAUGUCACGAAAACGAUGCACAUGCUUUAAUGGGGAAGAAGUCCUUGUGUUAUUGUGAUUCUGGAUGGCCAGAUACAGUGGGGAAAAAAGUAUUUAGUCAGCCACCAAUUGUGCAAGUUCUCCCACUUAAAAAGAUGAGAGGCCUGUAAUUUUAAUCAUAGGUACAUGUAAACUAUGACAGACAAAUUGAGAAAAAGAAAUCCUGAAAAUCACAUUGUAGGAUUUUUAAUGAAUUUAUUUGCAAAUUAUGGUGGAAAAUAAGUAUUUGGUCACCUACAAACAAGCAAGAUUUCUGGCUCUCACAGACCUGUAACUUCUUCUUUAAGAGGCUCCUCUGUCCUCCACUCGUUACCUGUAUUAAUGGCACCUGUUUGAACUUGUUAUCAGUAUAGAAGACACCUGUCCACAACCUCAAACAGUCACACUCCAAACUCCACUAUGGCCAAGACCAAAGAGCUGUCAAAGGACACCAGAAACAAAAUUGUAGACCUGCACCAGGCUGGGAAGACUGAAUCUGCAAUAGGUAAGCAGCUUGGUUUGAAGAAAUCAACUGUGGGAGCAAUUAUUAGGAAAUGGAAGACAUACAAGACCACUGAUAAUCUCCCUCGAUCUGGGGCUCCACGCAAGAUCUCACCCCGUGGGGUCAAAAUGAUCACAAGAACGGUGAGCAAAAAUCCCAGAACCACACGGGGGGACCUAGUGAAUGACCUGCAGAGAGCUGGGACCAAAGUAACAAAGCCUACCAUCAGUAACACACUACGCCGCCAGGGACUCAAAUCCUGCAGUGCCAGACGUGUCCCCCUGCUUAAGCCAGUACAUGUCCAGGCCCGUCUGAAGUUUGCUAGAGUGCAUUUGGAUGAUCCAGAAGAGGAUUGGGAGAAUGUCAUAUGGUCAGAUGAAACCAAAAUAUAACUUUUUGGUAAAAACUCAACUCGUCGUGUUUGGAGGACAAAGAAUGCUGAAUUGCAUGCAAAGAACACCAUACCUACUGUGAAGCAUGGGGGUGGAAAUAUCAUGCUUUGGGGCUGUUUUUCUGCAAAGGGACCAGGACGACUGAUCCGUGUAAAGGAAAUAAUGAAUGGGGCCAUGUAUCGUGAGAUUUUGAGUGAAAACCUCCUUCCAUCAGCAAGGGCAUUGAAGAUGAAACGUGGCUGGGUCUUUCAGCAUGACAAUGAUCCCAAACACACCGCCCCGGGCAAUGAAGGAGUGGCUUCGUAAGAAGCAUUUCAAGGUCCUGGAGUGGCCUAGCCAGUCUCCAGAUCUCAACCCCAUAGAAAAUCUUUGGAGGGAGUUGAAAGUCCGUGUUGCCCAGCGACAGCCCCAAAACAUCACUGCUCUAGAGGAGAUCUGCAUGGAGGAAUGGGCCAAAAUACCAGCAACAGUGUGUGAAAACCUUGUGAAGACUUACAGAAAACGUUUGACCUGUGUCAUUGCCAACAAAGGGUAUAUAACAAAGUAUUGAGAAACUUUUGUUAUUGACCAAAUACUUAUUUUCCCCCAUAAUUUGCAAAUAAAUAAAAAUCCUACAAUGUGAUGUUCUGGAAUUUUUUUUCUCAUUUUGUCUGUCAUUUUGUCUGUCAUAGUUGACGUGUACCUAUGAUGAAAAUUACAGGCCUCUCUCAUCUUUUUAAGUGGGAGAACUUGCACAAUUGGUGGCUGACUAAAUACUUUUUUCCCCCACUGUAGCUCGCAACAAUGAGGGGAAUCGUAAGUGGCUCAUUUAGUCUUGUUAUUGAUACCAUGUCUUGUUUUGAGGUGUUUUGUCUGAUUUUAGUCCGCUAAUAUGGCAAAAUAUUUGCUAGCUAGCUAACCAACAACUGUAACAAUGUAUUUGAGAAACAACACGUGCUCAUUGUGCAAAUGUAUUUUCAAUAAACAUUGGAGACAAAAUAUAGUUUGCAUGUUGUCAACAAUCUAAGUUUUGCCCCAUAGUUGCGCAUACAGCGGUUUUGUUGCUAAACAAUCAACCCGUCUAUAGCGAGAAUGACAUUUAAAGGCUAUGUUCCUGCAUUCGCAGUACACGCUGCAUCCCACUGGGCAAACACUGGUUGAAUCAACGCUGUUUCCACAUUAUUUCAUAAAAAAAAAGUAAUGUGAUGACGUUGAAUCAAUGUGGAAAACUGAUUGGAUUUGCAAAAAGUCAUCAACGUAAGGACAUUUCAAAUUUUUUUACCCAGCUUUUAAUCUAAAUCCAAUGACAUGGUGAAAUUGUUUGUUGAUUUCACGUUGUUGACAACUCAACUAAAUUUAAAUCAAAACUAGACGUUGAACUGACGUCUGUGCCCAGUGGGUAUGUCGUCUCAAUCGAAAAUUACCGUAAAAUUUAAAUUGCGCUAUAACGCAAAUCUUCCGGGAUACGUAUUGAAUCUAGCCCCAAGUCUUCCAAUGCUAUAGGCUACAUUUUGCUUACCUCUAUCAAGUUCCCUCAAAUCUGCAAACCCUACAGAGAUACUGAACAUUACGUGCAUCUGGUCCUCAUGUAUCCCAGGGUACCCCACCUGUAAGGAGAAGGUGAAGCGCCGUCCCGGUGGGAGGUCAGAGGUCAUCUAUAACUACGUGCAGCGGCCCUUCAUCCAGCUGUCCUGGGAGAAGGAGGAAGGGAAAAGUCGACACGUGGACUUCCAGUGCGUCCGCAGCAAGAGUGUCCCCAACCUCAUCGCCUCUCUGGGGGAGCCAACACGACCCGCAGCCACACCCAGCCCGCAGGUCGAUGAGCUGGAUAGACUGAUCAGCCCUGAUCCCCACCCCCAGUCUCAGGCCCCACCCCCACCCCCACCCCCACCCUCCAAUGACAGU